AUGUCGAAAAUAAAUUCAUUAACACUCGAUCAUCAAUGGAGACUGAUAUUUCGAAAAGCCAAAACUAAGGAAAUAAAGAAAGAUCUAGAAAUUUUGAAAAGUACCUUCGAACGGAUUAAUGAUAGGUACAUAUCAGAAGAACAGUAUAUGAUGUCUCUUCGCAGUCAUCUCCAAUCUUUGGAUUCAUUCGUAGGUGUUCAAAAUGAGCGUCUCGAAAAGAUGAAACAUUUAUUUGGCGCUGAGCUUUCAAUUAUGAAGCGAGAAUACGAGGCCGAGAAGACUUAUAUGGUUACUCGACAUGCACAAAAAAUCGAUGAGUUAAAAGAUGUUUAUGUUGCUUUCGAUCGUUACUUUCUGCAAAAGGAGCAAACAGCCAGAAGCGAAUAUGCUAACAUACGAGACGGGAUGAAAAAUAAGCUUAUCGAAGACAAGCAUUCACUAAGAAUAAAACUUGAGAAAAAGGUUGAGUCUAUAUUGGCGGAAUUUAACAAUUUAAGAACCAACUAUUUAAAAGCAACAGAAGAACGGCGAGUCUAUUAUGACGACCUUCAAAAACGGAAUGACCAAGCAAUGAAAGAUAUUGCAAUUCAAGUUUCCCUCAUUCAUACUUUAAGCGAUGCGAUUGCUGCUGAAAGGGCUAGAAUAAAUUCAUUAAACGAUGAGUUUGGGGAGAAGAACCGAUCACUAAGGGAAGAAAAGGAAAAUCUUUCAUGCCAGUUAAUUGGCAUGAAGAAAAUGGUCAAUCGUUUAAAAGACCAUCAACGACAUAAACUAAUAAAGAUGGUGAAAAUCAGUGAUGACGUUCAGAAAUCACUUGCUAAGUUGGUUAAAGAAGUAAACAUAAUUAUUGGUUUGGGGGAAAUGUGCCGUCAAUUAGAAGACGAAGAAGAAACAAUUUUGCCCUUCGUUCAUCCUUGUUCGCUUUAUGAGGAGGAAAAAUUGCUUUUAGAUGAUAAGAAACUUGAGUCAGUAAGUAUACUCAUUAAAAAUAAAUGCUUAAUCAUUUUGCUUCAUCUUCAUGUUCUUUUAAUUCCUUAUCAGAAGCUGAAACCUUACGAACAGCUGGAUAUAUUUUGGCGGCGAUUUAGCAAAGUCCAAUUGGAUAAACUGGCUUUACUAAAAGAGCGUCAGAUCCUAGAGGAAGAAAAUCGGCGCCUCAAAGCCAUUGUCGCCCGAUAUUUGGAAAAUCUCUCCGUAAAUGAAAAGGUCAUGUCUCACCCAAACAGCUUGCUUAUCAUUUGUGACAAACUCGACAUUAUAGUUGAUCCUGCUAUGAGGAAAAGGUGCGAAAGACCCGUUGCUACAGUAAAAUUUAAUGGUGCUCUAAUGGACAAAGAUGAUACGGUUUUGCGCCAAAAGUAA